ACAUGUAGCUCGAUACUACUGAGAAGACAGGAGAAUAAGGCCGCAACAGCGGCAUAAUUUAAACGUGAAGGAACUGCCUUCGCGCCUACGCACGUUUCACGUUGUGAUCUCCUCGUAGCGCUGAGGAGACAACGCCAUCUACUGCAGGCAGUAAGAACGUCGAGUCGAACGGCAAAAACAGGAGGGAAAACGUUUCCGCUGAAAGCUUACCAUGCAAAGUGCCUGCAGACAGUCAGUAAGAAUGGCACUGUCAGCAGUCGGGGUACUUGUGCUCAUGGGACUACUGGGCACUUGUCGGACGGCCUCGCUUGGCUCUCGCAGACCCAAACUGAUUUUGGUCUUGGUGGACGGCGUUCGGUGGGACUACCUGGACGAACAGCAUCUUCCAGGGUUCAAGGCCCUUUCAGAGCAUGGGGUCAAGGCUCAGUAUGUAGUUCCCGUAAUGCCGGCGAAUUCAUAUCCCAAUUGGUACAGCAUCGUGACAGGUCUGUACGGCGAAGAUCACGGCUUUGUGCAGAAUUACAUGUACGACGAAAGGCACAACGAUUUCUUCUUGAUGUCUCCUCACCCAAACGCAUCUCUACCGCACUGGUGGCAACAUGCAGAGCCCAUAUGGAUCACCGCAGAGAAGAAUGGCCUACGGACAGCCAUGUACUACUGGGACGGCUGCCAGGUGGAAUUCCAAGGCAGACGGCCCACAUUGUGCAUUCCAUACAAGAACUACUGGGGAUGGAACAGUGUCAGCAACGACACGCGGUUGGUCUUUGACUCCCUUCUAAACAGCUUCCAUAAUGAUACCCUGGAUUUCGGUCUGGUAUACUACGAAGGUGUUGAUGCUCAUGGUCAUAGUUCGGGACCAGACUCCGCACAACGUCGAAGAUCCUUAAGGGAUAUUGACUCGCUACUCCUGCACCUCCAGAAUGAAAUACGUAGAAGAUACAUGGAGCAUCAGGUAAGCCUUGUGGUAGUGUCAGACCACGGUAUGACCAACACAGACGUCAAGAAAGGCACCAAGGUUAUCGACAUUGAACCCCUUAUCGACUACAACGACAUUCACAACAUGUUGGAUGGCGGUUCCUUCGCAAUGCUCAGGCCAUAUCCAGACAAGGUUGACAAGGUGUAUCAUUCGCUAAAAUCCGCUAAUAUCGAGGGAUUAAAUGUCUUCAAGAAGAAUCACCUGCCGAGGUUGUAUCACUUGAAAAGGAGCUAUCUUACACAACCUCUGGUGCUUACGGCUGAUGUUGGCUACGUCAUCAAAAGGAUGUCGAAUCCUGACAAAAUGAUGCCUGUGCAUUCGAGUUUCUAUAAGGGGAGUCACGGAUACGAUCCGCUGCGACUUGAUGACAUGCGCACAAUUUUUCUGGCAAGAGGUCCAGGUCUGAAGAAGGGGUUUAUGAACGAACCAGUUCGUAUGGUGGACCACUAUAACCUGAUGUGUCUCCUGUUGGGUAUACGACCGAAUGCUAACAGCGGGAACUUUGCUGCUGUGCUACCCAUGCUAUCCAGCAACAAUUUUGGUUAACGGACCGCUUCCAACUGCAUGUAGUCUUUCGGCACCGUCUUUCGAGGAGCUCCAACCGCCAGGCGGGCGCUCUGUUUGCCUACCAGGGAAGUUAGCCGUAAGAUACAGAUGGAGACGGUCAUUAGAGCCAUCUUUCUGGAACAACCAGUGUUUUGAAUGGCGGCCUGGUUACUCGCACAUUUGUAUGUGAAAGUGUUUCCGUGGUGUCUUGCAAGCAGCUUAAAAAAAAAAGAAGAAAAGUGUCUGAAUGCCAGGUAACUAGCGCCCAUAUAUGCAUGAUUUAGGGCAAUGCCUAUAACUGAACGAGAGCGUUUUUAUUUCUUUCACUUUUUACUUAUUUUACGUAUAAGUGUGAAUUCUUAAAAAUGCCUUUUCUCCCGUG